GCGUAUUUCCGUCCGACUUGUUUCCCUUUUUCCCCUUUCCACUUUUCCGUGACCGACAAUUCAUCUUUACCUACCUGUUAGCACUAACAUAAAACCACAUCUUGUCAACCGACCAAAAUACCUACCUACCUAUAAGUUAGCUACGUGCUUAAAUGGUAUCGUCUAACCUAGGCACCUGGUCCUGUAUCACAUCUUUCACAUUAAAUAGGUAACUAUGCCGGAACCUGUCCCGCUUUGGCUGGAUUGCGAUCCGGGCCACGAUGACGUCUUCGCCAUCCUCCUAGCCGCCUACCACCCCGGCAUCCGGCUCCUAGGCCUCAGCACCGUCCACGGCAACGCGUCUCUAGAGAGAACGACCCGCAACGCGCGCUCCGUCCUCGCCGCCAUCGGUAAGCACGACGACAUCCGGGUGUACCCCGGCGCCGCGCGGGCUCUUGAGCGGCCCCCCGUCCACGCCGUCGAUAUCCACGGCGAGACCGGGCUCGACGGCACGGACCUCCUGCCGCAGCCCCCUCCUUCUCCUCCGAUCCAGCGUGGCGAGGCACCGCUGCUCUCCGCCGUCGACGCCAUGGCCCAGGCGCUGCGGGAAUGCGCCCCCGGGACGGCGUGGAUCGCGGCGACAGGCGCGCUGACCAACGUCGCCGCGCUGUUCGCCGCGCACCCGGACCUGGCGGCGCGCGUGAGGGGGGUGACGAUCAUGGGGGGCAGCGUGGGGGGCGGGUUUACGCCGGCGGUGAUGGGCGUUGUGGACGGGGUGCCGCGCGUGGGCAAUUACACGCAGUGGGCCGAGUUCAACGUGCUGAUCGACCCCGAGGCCGCGGCCGCGCUGUUCGAGGACCCCGUGCUGGCGGCCAAGAUCACGCUCGUCCCGCUGGAUCUGACGCACCUUGUGCUGGCGACGAAGGAGGUGCAGGAGAUGUUGCUGUAUGGACCGCCUGCUAAGGAUGGGGAGGAAGGUGGUGGUGGUGGUGGUGGUGUACGGGAGGGGAGGGGAAAGUCGGAUUUGAGGGUUAUGUUGACGGAGUUGUUGAAUUUCUUUGCUAAUACUUACCGCGAUGUAUUCGGCAUCAUAGAAGGCCCGCCAUUACACGACCCGCUGGCGGUAGCGGCCGUGCUGGAAGGCACCGAGUACGAGAUCCCGUUCUACGACUAUGAUCCCAAGAGCCCUGAGGGGCCAAACCGACGGGAGCGCUUCGCGGUCGAGGUCGUGACCGAGGGUACGCUUAAGGAUGCCAGAGAGCAUGGCGCGCAGACUGGUCGGACCCUUGUCACGUUACUACCCCCUGGUAGCGAGGGCGUCCGGAUUCCGCGCGGCUUAGACAUCCCGCAUUUCUGGAAGGUCAUUGAAGAGUGCUGCGAGAGGGCCGACGAGGCGAACAAGAAGAUGCUGGGGACUAAGCUUGCGAAUUGAUUGAUGACUAGACUAGACUGGUUUUAUUAAAGAUAGGGCUAUGAGGCCUGGGGAAAGAGUAGCGGCAAGACUGUGUGAUAGACUAGCAAUGAGCUCAUGACAUGAAUUAGGUAGACAUCCAUAGCAUUGGGAUACAUUGGGCGCAUAAGAUAGCUCAUUAUCCGUUAGAGGACACUCAUUAGAUGAAUAAACAGACUAUCCUAUAGA